GGCAAAGUCUGCGGGUCUGCGCGGCGGGAGCGCGGCGGGAUGGGCGCGCUGGGCCGGGCGCUGCUGUGGCUGCAGCUGUGCGCAAUGACCCGCGCAGCCUACAAACUCUGGGUCCCCAACACCAACUUUGAAGUCACCACCAACUGGAGCCAGAACCGGACCCCGUGCUGGGGUGCUGCCGUUGUGUUCCCCGCGGACAAGAUGGUGUCAGUCCUGGUGCAAGAAGGCCAUAGCAUCUCAGACAUGAGCCUUUCCCUGUCCUGGUGCCUGACCCCGCAUCAGAAGCCUAGGGGAUCCGUCUCUCCUGCUGUUUCCCAGGACGCUAAGGUUCCAGAGAAUGCUGGGGUUAGUAGGCUCCUGCCGCGGGACGGAGAGUUCGUCCUGGACGCGGGAGCCGGCUUCGGCGCCGCAGACGCGGGCAGGGACCGGGACUGCGGCACAGCGGCGCCCUCCGUUCUAGGCGAGGCCCUGGGGAUCCUGUCGGCGGCAGCCCGGGAGUCGGGCGCGCCGGUGGGCGACGGCUCGGCGGCGGGGCUGGAAGGUUCGGGAACGCGCGCCGAGCUGGCAGGCGGCGUGGCGGCGGGGCUGCUCCUGCUGGUGCUGCUGGCGGGGGCGCUGCUGCUGAGCCGCGCUCGGAGGUUCAGGUGGCGCAGGCGCGACGAAGCGGCCCCAGCGCCCUCCGUGACGCCCCUGGGCUUCAACAACCCGGUGUUCGACGUGGCGGGCUCGGUGGAGCUGUCCUCCGCCCCGCAGGUGGAAAACUGCAGCACCAGCCGGAGCUACUUCGUUAACCCUCUUUUUGCUGAGGCGGAAGCCUGAGCGCCCGCGUGACUGGCCAGCCCCCCUGCUGCCCUCCACGUCCACAUUUCGAGAAAUGCACGGGUCUCUGACGUUAGAGAUCUCCGUUCCCCGUCCCACACUUCUCGUCUCCAGCCCCUGCAGACCAAGGAUAGGGUGGCUGUGCCCAAUAAAGGGGUUUCUUGCACCUGC